AUGGCAAGCAAUACAAUUGGCAACAGUAGGACACAUUUAGAGGAGGUUCGUGGGCUAGAAAGGUGUCAAGAAAGAAUUAUUCUCCUUCAUGGGUUCUCUGGAGUCGAAAACAUGCUUGAAACAGAGUCAUUCUCCCUUCAAUCUCUGGAGUACUACGAAGGCCUGAUGUUCCUUACCACGAAUCGUAUAGAAGCCAACGUUUCAGUCUUCGACUCAGCCUUCGACUCACCCGAUUGA